AUGAACACGCUUUCCAGAAGGGAGGAGGACACACUCCUUAAAACUACUAAAGCGCGCGCGUUAACAGAAUGUGACUCGAUAGUUAAAGAAUUCGCCAACUGCGCAACCGGACGUACGCUGUCUGUGGCAUGGGCUUGCAGGGACAAGUACAAAGCCUUACAGGAGUGUAUGCUACAAUAG